AUGAGUUCUUCCACAGUACUUGAUGUUCUUGAAGAACUCAAUUCAGGUUUAGAAGGCAACUUCUAUCAUCUUGAGGCGCUGCUUGAUGCUUUACAAGCUGUCGUGAGCGAAGAGAAUGCCGACAGUGAGAGAAUCAAGGCAUUAAUGUCUUUAAAUGAUGAAUAUCCAUCUUUCGUGAAAUCACUGGCCAGUUUGAGGGACAACCAGACGUCCAUUAUUGAGUCUUACAACACUAAGAUGAAAUUAAGCCCACUCGCCAGUGUCGCCAAGAGUGGUUUAUCUGUAAGUGGUGCUGAUGGGUCCGCUGACCUUCUACGGUUAUAUGUGAAUGAGCUUAAAAUGCUGGACAAUGCCUGUUUAGAGCAUGGAAAUCUCCUAGGUAGACUUUCUUCCAACUUGGGUAACCAAAUGAAACAAGACAUAGAUACUAGCAUAUCAGUGGAAGUAAGUAAGCGGGAUACAUUAAGAGAAAUCAUGGCGAAAUACGACUCAAUUGACGGCAAUGAUGAUCAACCAGAAAUUCUUCGGCAAGAACUGCUGGACUACAUUGAUUCCAUGAAAAUGGAAAAAGCUAGAUAUAGCUUGGUUAAUCAGUAUAUGCUCAGUGAUUCAUAUAAGCAGCUAACAAAAGAGGUAACACAAUGGAAACAUCAAUACGAGUCACUAGAGGGAAUAAUGUUUGGUGAUAAUCCUAAUUCUAUCCGAAGCAUGGUUUACAAGAUCGAGUCUUUGAAAGAAAAAUUACAUGAACCUUCCCUGGACUCAGAAGGUGACUUAAAUAUGAAUUCGUAG